GGUCGUGGUUGAUUUUGGGACGUGCUGACUGUUCUAAGUGAUUGUGGGUUCAUUUCCUCCGUGUGUUUCAGGGAAUGGCUUCACACGGACGAGGCCGCUCCGCUGGUGGUUCCGCCCCGCACGGAGAGGAGCGUCGAGGGACGACUUCGUCGCCGGCAAGGGAAAUGAGUCGGGGAGUUGGAGGUGGGGAGGAAGAACGACGUGCUCAAAACUUGUGGUGCGACUACAGCAAACGUGUCUGGUAUUUGGACUGGGCGAGCCAGGACGGCUCCGACCCUUUGCAACCACUGUGCGGGCCGCUCUUGUUCGUCGCCGUUCGCGCCGACAGAACACGUCUCGCAGGGUCCAUCGUCCAGUGGAUCGUCGAUGGCGAAUACAAUUUCAAGUUUACGUUGAAGAAGCAUUACAGAAGUGAUGGUUUUGUCGACGGCAUCGCAAAGGGAUGCAAGGUUGCCGGGAGGAUGUUCGGUGGGUAUGACCGUCGUGCGAUGUCUUUGCCUCACUUUCUCCCGCUAGCGCCGGGGCAUGACGAGGCCGUUCACGUCACAGACUUUCUCAAAGUCUGGGCGAAAUCUGGUACCUCUGUCAGUGCCGUGGACAUCGGACCUGGAACAUCGAUUAGUGGUCCUGUUGGGUUCGUGGGAGGAGAGUGCUCUGAAAGGGAGAUGGGAGGUCAGGGUGGCCUGCCAGCUACGCCUCCUGAUCAAGAGGUGGGCAUGUCAGACGACUCGGAGGACGACCAUCCGCGUGCUCCUUUGAAACCGGGCUUGCAUGUAUCUCGCCGCCACGGUUUGCUUGGGGAGUCGACGUCACAUGGAGGCGGCGAUGGCGAACGGUUGCGACAGGGCUCGGAAUCGACGACUCCUCAUGGUCUGGUCGAAAGCAUCGGUUCGUUCGUUCGUGGAAUGCAGGUGGCCGAGGUUUCGCCUGGAGAUCGAGCGGGUGGUCCGCAGAUAGGGGUGCAGAAGGACGUCGUGUUGCACAUCCAUCCCGAAAGAAUAUUAGCUAUUCCAGACUGGGAAGACGCUUACAACCACCGAUCGUUGGACGAGUUCCUCGUUGAUACCAUCGCGUCGGCUAUGAUCGACUGCUACGAACGUAAAGACAUGAGAUACAAGAAUCCCAUUUUCGUUCUCGCUCCGAUCGUCACGCCUCCAGAGAACGGCGAGCCUAUUGUGCGCAUGCUGCUUGCUGACUUCAACAGCUCACACCCGGAGAGAUACUGGUAUUAUCCUGUGUGUGGACAACAUAACGCGAGAGCGGCGAUAAUGGUGAAAGACCAUCCCGUGUUUGAUUACUACAACUUCUGUAAAUGGCCGUUUAGACCGAUCUACUUCCCUGACGACGAGUUCGACAGCUACGCCCAUAUGAACCUCUCCUUCAUGACAUGUUUGUCUGCGCUUGGGGCUACCCGAUGCUAUACGGGGAAGUGGGUUCGGAAGACGGCAUCGAAGAAGACGCAUCAGUUCGGAAACAGCAUCUGGGAGGAGCUGGAUGUGAUGCACAUCCUUUUCAAAGGCGAGGAUCCUCGGCUACUUACUCACCCAGUGUACGAGGGAGUUGUUGCUGAAGACGACGCCGCCGCUCUCCGGAGGAAACAGAAAGUGACACCCACGGAUGUGGAGGAGAAGUCUUUCAAGUCUUUGACUUUCGCGGACAUCGAAAACCUGACCCAGAGGGGGGCUCUGUACAAGGACGGCGAGCGGAAUCCRAAUCAGUUGUGCAAUCARCUUCUUUUCUUCUGUGGUGUGGCGGAUGYCGUGCUGUUCUUGGGCAAGCCRCACKCGCAGGUGGUGUGGAGUCUGCUUCAGCAGGGAAGGCACAUCUUGGCCGUGGAUGGGGACACAACGCAGCUCGAAUACACCGUGCAGUAUGUCACCCAUGAAGUGUCGUCCAAGGCUUACCCAUGCGAUUUCCACCAUGUCGUGGUCGAGCCCGUUUAUGACCCGAACAAGGACAUGUUCUUCAAGUUGACUCCGAAGAAAAGGCGCCAGGGCUACCACGGAGCGAGUCGGGCCGGCGCUGUGAGCUUCAUUGUGAGGCUGGAAUAUGUCUUUUUUAACAAGGAUGUUGUCGAUCCGGCCGACUUCACUUUGGAUAAGUACAAGCUGGCAUUCGGUGAGGAGGACGACUUCAAUAUCGAGACAGAGCAGGAGGAGAGCGUUGAGGACGACCUCUUCGAUUUGGACGGAGAAUUGGCCAUCUUCAACGCCCAAAUUUUUGAGUCGCCAUCAGUAUGCAAACCGGGGACACCUCUCGCUACACCUACCUCGGGAGGUCCCACGCCCGUGUCCUCCUCAGCGCCUGUCAAGAGGGGUGGGUUGUCCCGUCUGAGGAGUUCGCCAGGGGAGCCUAUUCGUCUCACGCCGCAACCCGAACGUCUUCGACCCGGCCAUCCAGUUCCUCCGGACCAUCCGCAUCUCAAGGCUCUUGCGACUCCCUUCCACAUGGGUGACAAACACACCUUCUCCACAGCUGAAGAUUGGGGCCAUGAUAUCGUGUGGCACCCAUACCAUUUCCAGCCAGUCCUUCUCGACGCCGAAUGGGCAGUGGCUGUGAGGGACGUAAGUGGAGGGUGGAUAUAUGACGAUCGUUGGGACCUCGAGACAUUCAAAUCUCGCGCCUAUGAUGCGGUAUUGGAGAGAUUAAGUGAGGUCAAUCGACGAAAUAAGGACGACCCUGCUCUUCGCGAAUACGGGGACACGCUGUUCGAGUUCUUGCAGUCAAAUAAAUGGCUGGAAGUGUCCUCCACGUUCUACGCCCUUCCGUCAAGCCCAUCAAUUAAGCAAGUGAGUUGGGAGUUGCCUGGGGUCACCCCGCCGACAGGAGUUGUGAAGCGCAAGUCUCGUGGAAAGGACGGCGAUGGGGAUGGUGAAGGCGGCGGGCAACGAGGUACCGGAGGUGGAAGUGAACAACGUUCGACGAAACAGCAGUCUCCGGGGCACGCAGGCGACAGAGAGGGGAAAAAGGGCAGCCGGGAGAAGAAGAAGCCUCGCAGUGGAGAGAAGACAAAGCAUCACAGAGGAGAAGGGCAGGGGUCCGAUGUCGACCGCGACGAGGACGGUGGGGUUCUGGGGGUAACAGGCAACACCUCAAUGGAGACGGGGAACGACUUGAGGCCUGGGUGUAUUACGCGGCCUGGCGAGCAGGACCCUGUGAUUAGCUCCACGAGCGAAACACAAUUUGUCGAUGCGGUUGGUGGGGCGGGUGUCGCAAAGCAUGGAACAUGCUUCGCUCAGCUCCAAAAACGGUUGGUGGAUUGUCUCGGAUCAAUCCGAACCUCGGAGAUGACCUCGUUGUCCGGAACCCAAUGCCUUCCGGGAAGCGAGACGACAACAUACCACGGGUCCGGCAGCGACAAGCUGGAACCGUGUUCCGUUUCGCCUCAAAAGGAAUUUCGGAUUAAUCCGAACCGCGAAGGCCGUGCCAUACAAUCAGAACUCGAACGGGUGGUCCGGGUUUUCGAAAACCCUGGCGACGAGAUUCGGAUUCAUCCGAACCAAGAAGCCGUGUCUGCCAUGACAGACGAUCGAUGUCAGGAUGGAGUAAUGUUGUGCGUGGAAGCCCACAAGGAGCUGCAGGCGGACUGUCGGACUGAGGGUGAGUUGGGGACCAGUUCCAAUGUCGAGCCCAACACACUCGGAGCCGAGUUAGCAGUCGUAAGCGACUCCCCGGUGAAAGCGGUCAUGUCGGCGUCAUUGGAAAGUGCGGGGGCUCGGAUGAAUCCGAACCAGGGCCCUGUGAACAUCUCCCUCCCUGAUGCAUCUUUCGAGACGACCGUGAUUCAGAUUCAUCCGAGGCACACGGACGAAGGACUUCAACUGGCAGGCGUUGAGGGUUGUCGACUACUGACGACUUUGGGCAAGGACAAUUCCACCAACGACCGAAUUGAUCCGACACUCAGCGACGUCGGGAUGGAGCUACCAGUUCAGUCAGGAUAUGACGAUCCCUUGUACUCCGCCCUUCACAACAAGGCGAUGGGGGAGGACGUUCUGAAGAAAGUCUCUGACGCUGUUGGAGAUAGAUUUCUCUAUUUGAGUGACGACGACAAAGACACAGCGUACGGGGACAAGAAGUUAAGGGGGGAGGAGGUGUUGUUGGACAUCCAUGGGACAUUGAGCCCAACACAAUACGACACAGUGGCAAUGGAGAAAACACAACCUGUCGAUGUUGUGGACGUCGACGAUCUUUGUCCAGAGACGAAUAUACCGUCUACGGUCAUCGACGCCGACAUCUCGAGCCUGUCAAGUUUCCCUGUGGGUUUGGAGCACAUCGUCGCCGCGUCGACGCGCGCAGGGGUGCCAAUCGUGCUGGGACUGCCGUCGGUGGGCUCUGGUGAAGUGGUAGCUAGGCAUGGGUUUCCUCGAGAUGGAAGAGCGGUCCUUGAAGACGUUAUCUACUCCCGGUUGCCGCUCACUACCAUCGUCGCGCGUUUGCCGUCGCACAGUUUACAGGAAUCCGUGAAGGACAUCGUCGCACUCGUGGAUAGAUCCGGGGAGCUCAAUGAUGAGGUUGUCAAUUUCUACAUGGCGAUGCUACUGGACGACUGCGGCCGGACUGCCGCUACCAUGAAGACAUACACCUUUAACUCCUUCUUCGCCUCUUCACUGCUUCUGCGAGGUCCGGCAACUGUUCUCAGAUGGGCUAAGGAUGUCGACCUCCUGUCUCAUGACCUCGUCUUGGCACCAGUGCACAAGGACGGCGAACACUGGAGCCUUUUGGCCAUUGACUUCUCUAGACGUGUUUUGGAAAUAUAUGAUUCUUUCUCGUAUUCGUCAUCCAAAGAUUCCUUCUACUCCGCACUUCUGGAUAAAACUGUUAAAUUUUUGAACACGGUGGCAGGUGCCGCCGGUGAUGGUCGCACUUUCGACCACUUCGCCCGCGAGGUCAGCGUGAAAGGUGUCCCUCGGCAGCACGACGGGGCUAGUUGUGGGGUGUUCAUGUUGAUGUUCGCUUCCUGUUUGGCGAGAGGUUUACGUCCACCUUUUGGUUUCUCCCAUAGACAUAUCUCCUCUAUCAGAGCUAGACUAGCUUUGGCGAUUUGCGAUGUUGGUAGGUAAGCGUCUAUCUCUUUGUUGAUCAUGUAGUGUAGAAGGGUUGACGUAGAAGAACAUUUCGUUC